AUUGAUUCCGUGUUCAAAGAAGAAAAUUUAUCUCAAAAAUUAAGUCAAUUAUCAGCUAUUGAUAAAGAGCAAGAGGAUAGCGAUAAAUCAAAAUCAUCAGCUGUCAAGAAACGACCAACUUUAACAUCAAGUACAACAACAGAUAACAUCUCGAAAAAAGUGAAAUUCGAUAAUGAACAACCAACUAGUAAUCAAGUACCAAGAUAUUUAUCAAGUCAUAAUAAAGCUUUUGAACAAAUGAUCAAUCCUAUACUUGAAAAAACAACAACAACAACAACAACUUCUAUUAAAAUUGAAUAUUUACGAGAGAUUGCUAUUCUUAUUCAUCAACUUGAAUGCAUUGAUCUUGAUAGAUUACUAUGGACGACAUAUUUACGUUCUGGAACAGGUAGAUUAAAGCCAGAAGUAACUACAUCAACAUUCUUAUUAUGGCCUUUAGAAGUUAAACAGAGAAUGAUUGAUCGUGGUGAAGCAACUACAUCUGAUCCAAAUGAAAUAGAUCAUGCUUCUUGUUUGAGUUAUGUCCAGAGAGUACUACAAAAAUUUCGAAAUCAAACAGAAUACUAUCAAGCUCAAUUGAAAGAAAGAAAAAAACGUUUAAACAAUUAUUGGACAUAUGAAAUCGAAGAAGCUAUUACCAAAUUUGUUCAACAACAUGUCACACCUAUAUAUAAAGUACCUACACAAGGACAAAUUGCCACUGUCGAAUAUGAUUAUAAUGAUCAAUUAAUUCAAUUAGAAUAUGAGCAACAAAAUCCAAAUGAAUAUCAAAAAGAAAUAUUUAAAAAUCUUACUCAAGCUAAAUAUGAAAAAGAAACAUCUAAAUUUGAUGUAGCUAUAUUAAAACAACGUAUUGUUUAUAAUCAUUUACCAACAUCAUUUCAUACACUUCAAAUACCUCCACUCAUACCAUUAGAUGCAAUUAUUGAUACGAUGACUCGUCAACGUUUAAAGGAUCGAUGUGAGAAAAUUUUACAACGAACGAAAUCUGAAAUGAUGAUAAUUUAUAUUGCAACAGCCGAAGCAAAAUGA